AUGGAUUUCAUCCUUUCCCUAACGCACUUCUGCGAAGUGCAUGGCCCGACAUCCAUCCUCUGCUCGCAGAUACUGCCCACUCAUUGCCGGCAGUGCACGCCUGACUCGCCCUCGUCCUCUCCAGAUGGAUCUCCUUCUUCCCCUUCCUCGGCCUCGCUGCACGCUAGAGACAGAGAUGCGCCAGGCGCGGCCAGCGCGGCUGCGGCAGACGUGAUGACCUCCUCCUCCUCGCCUUCGUCAGAUCGUUGCAUCACCACUUCGGCCAUCGAGCCACUGGCCACCCCGCCUGCCUCUGCGCCCGUCACGGCACCGCGGAUAGAAGACCACCCCUGGUUCACGGCUGAGAAGCAAGGCAAGACUGCGAAUGGCAGUGUUCAUAACGGUGGUGCAGUUGGUGGUGGGGAUAUGAAGAAGUCCGCCUCUCGGUUUGGUGCCAGUGAUGGAGAUACCUGUGCGAGCUGCCGACUCAAGCUGCCCGAAGACGUCAGCAAACAGCUCCCCGUCGACGGCAAUGGCUCCGUCCAGGACCGUGGACACCACAGCAGCCCCGUCCUGCGGUCACGCGAAGUCGUCUUUGCCUGUAGGGGCAACCAUGCAGACCACAACAGCAAUUACUACGACGAUGACGACGAUGACGGGUCACAUACGUGCUCGACCUCCAUGUCCUCUUCCCACCACAACAACGGGAGCAGCGGCAACAACUAUUACUCUCCUUCGUCCUACUCUUCAGACUCCUCCUGCCACACCCAUGUAGUCACAUAUCUCUCCAUGCGCGGGCCCGCAAACCCAGAAGACUACGCUCUCCUCCGCCGUGCCUCUAUCCGCACUCUCUCCUGCGAACUGCUGCCUCGGGGCCUCUCGUCCGGCCCACUCUCGUUCGGUGACCCGUCCGCCGGCUAUACGGUGGCGUACGUCUUCCGUCUCCCGGACCCCAUGGCCCGUGGCAAGCGUCGAAGUUACGCUCUUGUUGCUCUGGCCGGCAAAGAUGCCGGACGCACUUUCAAAGCCAGCCCCCUCAUCUGGCGCACCUUCAGUCGCAUUGCAAAUAACAUUGUCAGUGCCGCGGAGAAGUUCCAGGAAUCAGAGAAGAUUCGAGAAUACGGCCCUUCCCCUGUAUCGCCAGCUGCCACAGUUACUUCACAUACUACUACUGCCACCGCAUCUACCACCUCUUCUCGGGGAUAUACGCCUAUUUCAUCAUUCUUGACCGGCCGAGCUCUUGAUCCAGAUGGCCAGCCCAGACGAGCCGGCCAAGUCCGUGCCAGAAACCUGAUUGAGAUCGUUGGCAACGAAUACAUCUUUGCUGAGUUACAUGCUCAAUUCGUUGCCCUGCUACAACAGCUCAGUGCCAUGUUCGCGUCUCCGUCAGACAACGCCCACGGCGCUCCCAUCCCGGACUCGGCCUCUGCCUUUUAUGAAGACUACGCUACCACUACUGCGUCCUCUCGCUCUUCCACUGAUCGGCUACGAGGGAGUGGCAGCACCGGCAUCACCUCUGCCGGCAGUGAUCGCAGCCUGUCCAAGCAGUUCUCCCACUUGAACAUGUCUACGUCUGUUCCCAAGCCAAUUCCUAUCUCCCAGCGCAGGAGGAUGGUGGCAUAA